GUAGACGUAAAGGGACAUCGGCAUCAGCUGCAUUAUGGCCGCGUGCAGAGCAGCCCGAGUCGUGUGGAUCAUGCGCAACCCGGUGUGGACCAUUUUGAUGACCCGGUAGUUGCACCCGUGGUGACAAAUUUUUUCCUACCACCGUCGACCCUGGCAUUCAGGAACGGACUCAAAAAAGCCUUUUCAAGAUUUGGCCAUUCUCACCAAGAAACAGAUACGGAAGUAGGACGAGGUGCAUCACCAGGUUCUUCACCUGGAGGAAGGGAUAUCUUCGCAGAGCCUUCUUCUAGUACUCAAGAAGUACAACGUGGAACACCAGGUUCUGAGUCAGGUAGAAGUUCUCAACUAGAUUGGCUGUUGAGACCUGGCAUGGGAAAUUUUUUGAGCGCUAUUGCAAGAGAGCCUUUCUUCCAGAAUAAUCGACUAAAGCGCAAGUGGGUUAAAGAACUUUUCCACUCUAAUGGCAGGAAGUUACGAAAGGAGAUUCACUUGGCGCUCUAUGAUCACUUCAUUGAUGUUCAUGAUACUCAACCAUUAGAAUAAUCUUCAUCUUGAUGUAGAUCUAGAUGUUCUUACAUGUUAGAUAAUUUCUUAAAAUAACCGAGUAGUUCUUAGUGACUGAAGUAAAAGAGUCACUGCGUUGCUCUUCUUUCGGUAUCUCUAUUAUUCCAAGUAGUUACUUCGUGUCGGCUGCCAUUUUGUCGGCUGCAUAUAGUCCUAACGCAAAAAAAAAAAAUCUACGGUGAUCACGAGUGGCCAUAUCAGGGGCACACACAUGACACAUUUCAGCUUUUCGAAUAGAAGAAGAUGUCAGUCUGGGAAAGUUCAGCAGGUAGUAGUAGUAGUAGCAGUAGUAGACGUACACGUAGGACAUCGAUUGGAAGACGAAAGCUGUGACUUUUGAAAGAGAAAGAGCAAAUAUAGGUGCGAUCGUUUGCAUUCUUGAAUGAAGAUAGCAUAAGGAUGACACAUAAUGAAGACAUUUGGACUUUCAUGAAUUUGAUGAUUAUGGUUUGACUUUUUUGUGUAAAAUUUUUUUGGAUGAAGUCAUUUCAUCAUCUGGCACCAUCUUUAUUUAUUAUAGUUUUGAUAUUUACAUCCGGUGUGAACAAUCUAGAUGAUGAAGAUGAGAAAAGAAUAAAUAAACUUGGUACAGGUCAGCUAGGUACAUGGAGGACUGAAUGGUACCUACAGGACAGUGAAAAUCAAAAUCUAAAGAAACGAAUGUCCAGAAUUACCAAGUGGCGAGUAGGGUGUUUUCCGCUUUGUAGUUGCUGCGUCACUUGUUGUGCCAUCGAAGCUGCAUCCACCUAUAAAUUUUUGAAAAAGCUGGAGGCGGCGUUGCCGUUGAGACCUUUGCAAGCUGGAAAUCGCAAAAAAAUCGGAAAGUGGGCACUUUUUUUUUGCGAUUUCCAUAAUUUUGCGGCUUGUUUGAAGAAGUUUACCCUUGUUAUUUCCACAAAUAUACUUUAUAGAAGAACAAGAAGGUGAGACCUCUGGGGCUGACAGGACCACGGCAGCGCCGGCGCUUAUUUAGUAGUAGAUAAGUACUUGCCUGAGUUUUCUUUUUUCGGUUUUUGUUUUUUCUAGUUAGGUAUGCUCCACCUACUUUAUAGAAGAACAAGAAGUAGAGACAGUAAUAGAAAGGAGAGCCCACCUGGAUUUCGUUGUAAUCUGAAUGGUUGAGAAAAUGUAUUCUGCAUUGAGAUUGGCAAGUUUUGGCAAGUUCUGUAUUGACAUUGGCAAGCUUCGCUAUUAGUUUAGUCAAAACCUGUGUGAGUUAGCAUCGUGACGAAACACUAUGACGCCGCGCGGCAGUCUGCCCUGAAAACUGUGCGCGAUUUGUAUUGUAUCUGAUUCAUCCAUGAAAUAUAGACACCACGACAGGCCUCCGAGCUCGAGAGUUCUUGUUGUAAUUUCGUUUUUGAUGUCCUAAGCUGAAUUGUAGCCAUCAUGAUUGGCUUAAAGAAGUUCGUAAGUACUAUCUUCAUUAUAUUCAUUUUCGUAUUGGUAGUAGAUGAGAGGUGGACAAGAACUCCAUGUUUUUAGUUGUAGCUAGGAGACCCUCUACUUCAAGCUUGAUGAGGUUUAUUCCAAGAAGACCUGCGUGGUCAAAUUUAACGAUGGACAUGGAUAAGAACAAGAUCACUGGAGUUGAAUCCAUCCCGGCAUUUCCACGACUUAAAAAUAUGUAACUAAGAUUCAGAUGAUGUAUCGUCGCUGACAGUCCAGAAAUACUGUUAGAGUAGACGCGCCGAUGAUGAUGUUGCUGUUUCAUGGUCCUUCGUUUCAUUCUUCUAAAGUUGUUCUAUGGUGUUUCGACAUUUUCCUGCUGAUAUGACGUGGAAGUUCUCAUAGCCUUGGUUGUAAAUAAUUUCUUGAAGAAUUGUUUCACGUAUGCUGAUUUCAAUCAAAUCAAACCUAUCUUAACAACUUUUUCCAAGUAGUCCUCCAACAACCUUAUUUGUUCUUCACCAGGUGGUUGAAAAUGAAAACUGCCCAUAAGCUAAGAGUUGGCCUGGGUGGAGCAAAUGAAUGAAAAAAGAGGGCAACUUAUGCCAGAAGUAGGCCUGUGGACGAUACUAGCACUGUAAGCAGAGGUCACCUCUGACGUAACUGUAGUUUCACUGAUCGAAGAUUGUCAGAUUCAGAAAAUCAUCAAAGACGACCAUGACCGCGAUGGAUAAACAGAUUCACUUUUAUGGACUUACCUAGUCGUACUACUAGAAGUAGAACAAGAACUCGAUGCUCAUCUUCCUCGUAUGAUUCUUUUGAACUAUUAAGUUAUGGCUUUUACACGGGAUGGCGUAUACGAUAAUGAUCCUAGCGUGAUGACCUCCUCGGAGAACACGAUUGAGGUCGUUUUUUUACCUGAAGAAGUAACACAAUGAUUUGUUUGUUCUUGUUGACAAAACGGAGAUAGAGAUACAUAGAAAAUGAUGUGCAAGCAACAGCAACUGUUGUAGGGUCGCGCGCGACUAUGAUAAUGAUAGAUAAGGGUAAUCAGAGGACCCUUCAUCUUCAGCCGCGCUUCCGUUGCAGUCUACGCUGCUGACUAGUUCUGUGCCAUUCUUUCGCCAAGCUGUCGCACCUAGGCUGAAGCAUCCUAGGCGGAAUAUAAGGAGGCUAAUGUACUCCACCUGCCGGCAGUUUGCGAACUGGAUAACACUGAGGCCAGUCUUUCAGCAGCCCCAGGCUACAAAAGAAAAAUGAAGCGAGGCCUCCUGAAAUUGAAAGUGAAUCUGUCGCGUGGUCGAGGCAAACAACAUUGUCG